AUAUAUAUAUAGGCAUUGGUCUAGCAGAAUACAGCAUUCAAGUCGUCUAGCUGUGUACACCAACAGCAAUGCGUUGCUUAGUGAUCCUCUGCAUGGUGGCUUCGGCUGCCUGGGCAGCUGAAGACAUAUCAGUUGAUUCUGUUGCUGAAUCAAGUCCAAGCCCUUCCGUUAGUCCUUCAGUAAGUCCUUCGGUAAAUCCUUCCACUAUUCAACCCGCGAGUCCAAGCCCUAGUCCCACACCAUUACCAAUUAGCCGCGCUAUUGCUACAGCGACAGCGUAUAACCCUUACCGGUACAACGUUGCUAGGGUUACGACCCCUCGUAAUGAUCCCGGACGCUAUAACCCCGGGCGUUACGAUCCUGGACGUUAUGACCCCGGACGCUACGACCCCGGUCGCUACGACCCUGGUCGCUACAACCCAGGAAAGUACGACAGCUCAGGACGCUACAUUCCGGACCCCAGCGGUGCCUACAAUGGAGAUCGUGGUGACAGAGGUGGUGCGGGAGGCAAAUAUUCCGGCUCUUCUGAUAGGGGAGGUCCAGGUGGAGCAUACUCUGGUUCUUCUGAUAGAGGAGGUCCAGGUGGUGCAUACUCAGGCUCAUCCGAUAGAGGCGAUGCUGGUUCUUAUGUACCUGAUAAAUCAGGAGUUUACAAUGGUGACCGUGGCGAUCGUGGUCAAGCUGGCGGAUUUUAUUCAGGUUCUGGAGACAAGGGUGGGGGUAAACCUGCGGGUGAAAACGUAAGUCCAAGUCCUGCAGUGUCUCCUGCUUCAGUUUCUGCUGCAGCUGCCGUAGCGAGUAGUCCGGUGGUAGUUAAGCCUACACCAGCCUAUGUAGCCCCUGUUAUUCCCAAAGUGAAUCCCAACUCUGGCGACUUCAACUAUAAAUACUCCAUUAUCCGACAAGAAACCGACGUUUUCCCCGAUGGUUAUCACUACUUGUAUGAGACUGAAAAUACAAUCCUUGCGGAGGAAGCCGGAAAGAUUGAAAAAAUUGACGGUGAAUCUGAAGGUAUGAGGGCUAAAGGAUUCUUCCAGUAUGUUGGACCUGAUGGUGUAACCUAUAGAGUUGACUAUACUGCCGAUGAAAGAGGUUUUCUACCUAGCGGAGCUCACCUGCCGUAAGGAGUCUAGUCUAUUUAAGUAGUUGUUUUAUUUUUAAGUAUAUUACGAUGGCAAUAAUUUUGUCGAUGCAUGUUAUUUCGAUGUUUUUGUUAUAAAGAAAAAAAUAUUAAAUAUUGAAUACAUAAA